AUGAAGUCCAAAAAGAACCAAGAUCUCACUCUUUACUAUGAGUAUCACAAGGACUUGGGCCACACAACCAACAACUGCAUCAGUCUCCGAUUGGAGAUUGAGCGAGCCCUGAAAGAAGGGAAGCUGCAACACUUGUUGACAGUCGCGCAAAAGCAAACCAAGCGCAUCACCCCCCACGACGAGGGCACCUCCACAGGAAAAAAGACCAUGAAUGUGGCCACAACCCACAUGAUCAAUGGAGGCCGUGGAAAGUCGCGCAAGGCAGCAAUAAGACCGGACAAUGAGUGGAAAGACGAACAAGUCGUUUUCCCCAAUGUCCGAGGCAGACCGCGCGACAGGCGCACCGUCGUAAUCACCGGCUACCUAGCUCAUUACUGCACGGAGCGGUUGUUCAUCGACCCGGGCAGUACCUCUGACAUUAUAUAUGAGCAAUGCUUCAACCAGUUCGAUUAA